UUAUUUUUUUUUUUUUUUCUUUUUUGUAAUCAUAUUGCUUUUUAUGUUUUGUGAAUGGAUUUGCGCGAGAGAGACCCCACCAGGGGAGCACAGAUAGGGCUUGCCAAUACAUACACGCAAUGGGAAACCAAUGGAAUGAGAGAGGGGCGUUUGUGCGCCUCCGACCGAUUUAUAUCGUGUACGUUCUCGCGACGUACACAGGUGUAUACGCAUUCGCGAUUCCGUAACUUCGGCGAAAAGGACUUCUUGCUUUCCGAGUGAUCUCUACUUGAGCGUGGAAUCGCGCGCGCUGCGACGAGAAGAGCGUUACACGCUCGUAAUCGGAUUAGAAACGUGUCUCUGUGCAAUCUCAUCGAAGAGGCGAGGCCGUUACAAAGGAGAAAGUCAAAAAACGAGGAACAAAAAUAAAAGAAAAUGACGGCUACCGAGGAAACGGAGCCGUUGAUACCGUCAACGCCGACAACGUCCACCAGUAGCAAAAUUCACAGAGUCACUUAUCACACGAUUUCCACCGAUGAGAGGAACGCGUCGCACGAUUCGAGUCCGGAGACCUCCUUCAGUUUAAAACCGAUUGCGAACGGUGUGAACUUCGAUCACGAGAUUUACAACAACAGAAUCACGUACACGUGGAGCGACGUGAACGUUUACUACAGCACGAAAACCGACAGGAUAUGGGAUCGGCUGAUGUUCAGGCCCAGAAAAUCCGUCGCGCAAAAGCACAUACUAAAAGACGUACGCGGAAUGGCGUAUUCCGGCGAAUUGCUCGUAAUUAUGGGCGCGUCGGGCGCGGGCAAGACAACCUUGUUGAACGCGCUGACGUUUCGUUCAACACGCGGGGUAUCCGUGUCCGGUGUGAUGGCAGCCAACGGUCAGAAAGUAACGGCAGGUGUCCUUACCUCGAGGAUGGCCUACGUGCAGCAGGAGGACCUGUUCUUCGCCACGUUGACCGUGGUCGAACAUCUGACGUUUCAAGCGGCGGUGCGAAUGGACCGGCACAUACCUCACGCACAAAGAAUGAAGAGAGUGAACGAGGUCAUCAACGAGCUCGCUCUUACCAAGUGUCGAAAUACCACAAUCGGUGUACCCGGUAAAGUAAAAGGUCUUUCGGGAGGCGAGAUGAAGAGACUGUCCUUCGCCUCGGAAGUUCUCACCGAUCCUCCGUUGAUGUUCUGCGACGAACCAACGUCCGGUCUGGAUUCCUUCAUGGCCCAUCAGGUUAUUUCCAUCCUAAAAACAUUGGCGAAACGUGGCAAAACAAUCGUUGUUACUUUGCAUCAACCCUCGUCGGAGCUGUUCGCUUUGUUCGACAGAAUUUUAUUGAUGGCCGAAGGAAGAGUCGCUUUCAUGGGUACAGCCGCGCAAGCUUGUUCUUUUUUCAAGUCGCUCGGCGCUGCGUGUCCUAGUAACUACAAUCCCGCAGAUUAUUUCAUACAAAUGCUGGCUGUGGUGCCGGGACGCGAGGUGAUCUGUAGACACGCGAUUAAAACGACAUGCGACACCUUUCAAAGAAGCGAAUACGGCAUGAAGAUCGCUUUGGAAGUCAUGGUUCACGGCGAAUUCGAGGAUUCUCUGAAAAAUUCGAAAAAUUCCGAUCGAUCGCCCUACAAAGCAAGCUGGUGCGAGCAAUUUCGCGCCGUUCUGUGGCGAUCCUGGCUCUCGGUGAUCAAGGAACCUCUGCUCAUCAAAGUUCGCUUCCUGCAAACUAUCAUGGUCUCGCUGUUGAUCGGCGUCAUUUACUUCGGCCAGCAAAUGGAUCAGGACGGCGCGAUGAACAUCAACGGCGCCCUGUUCAUCUUCCUCACCAACAUGACCUUUCAGAACGUAUUUGCGGUUAUUAACGUGUUUUGCGCGGAAUUACCGAUAUUUCUUCGCGAGCACAGAAACGGCAUGUAUCGCACGGACGUCUACUUCAUCUGCAAAACGCUUGCGGAAGCGCCGAUAUUUCUGGCGAUACCGCUGCUCUUCACCGCCAUCGCUUACCCCAUGAUCGGCCUCUAUCCCGAUGUGAAGCACUUCUUCAUCGCCGCUGCGAUAGUGGCGCUCGUAGCCAAUGUGUCGACUUCAUUCGGAUAUCUAAUAUCGUGCAUCAGCAACGGCGUGGCGAUGGCUCUUUCCGUGGGUCCUCCGGUGAUAAUACCGUUUCUGCUUUUCGGCGGUUUCUUCUUAAACACAGCAUCAGUGCCAUUCUACUUCAAGUGGUUCUCAUACUUAUCCUGGUUUCGUUACGGCAACGAGGCGCUUCUUAUCAAUCAGUGGUCGGAGAUCGACUUCAUAGCGUGCACCAGAAACAACGUGUCGUGUCCUAGGUCAGGACUCACGAUCCUUGAAACGUACAAUUUCAAAAAGGAAGAUUUCUUGACGGAUAUUGUCUGCCUGUUCGCUCUUAUCUUAGUAUUUCGUUUCCUGGCGUUUCUCGCGCUACUGUCCAAGACUCGCCGCUCCAAGUAACGUCACCGCCAAGCAAUAUCAUCAUCAUCAUCAUCAUCAUCAUCGUCAUCGUCAUCCAUUCGUCAUCUUACGAAUGAAGACAGCGUCUGACCUGCGAAGAACCACAGGUUGUUCUCACGCACGCCUGUGCGUAAACGUAUAGUGUUCAAUAAAUAAAUCAUCUUAAUCAAAACGUUGUAUUCUCUUCCUUUCGUUUUCAUCAAUAAAGCGCAUCCAGAACUAGUGGGUCGUUUCAAGACCCGAGUUUUCAAGUUUUCAUUAAAUGACCGAACGUAUAUACGACACAUAUAAAACGUUGCAAAAAUUUUAGAACCGCAGAUUUGGACUUGCAGCCGUGAGAAUUGUUACAAGAUCUCGAGACUAUUCACACGUACACACGCACAUACGUACACACACACACAUAAAUCUCACGUAUCGUUCGCUGACCGCAAAAAAUCGCGCAAUAAGAAAAAAAAAUGUGCCUCGAACGGAACAACGCACCGCACGUACUUACGUA